GUUCUCUCCAUCCAUCUCACCUUUCCUCUCAAGCCCACAAGCCUCUGGCACAAUGAAGUGGGUAACCUUCCUCCUCCUUCUCUUCGUCUCCGGCUCUGCUUUUUCCAGGGGCUUGUUUCGCCGAGAUGCACACAAGAGUGAGAUCGCUCAUCGGUACAAUGAUUUGGGAGAAAAAUAUUUCAAAGGCCUAGUCCUGAUCACCUUCGCCCAGCAUCUCCAGAAAUGCCCAUAUGAAGAACACAUAAAAUUAGUGAAUGAGGUAACCGACUUUGCAAAGGCGUGUGCUGCCGACGAGUCUGCUGAAAACUGUGACAAGUCACUUCACACUCUUUUUGGAGAUAAGCUUUGUGCCAUCCCAAAUCUUGGUGACAACUAUGCUGAGCUGGCUGAGUGCUGUGCCAAACAAGAACCUGAGAGAAACCAAUGUUUCCUGAAACACAAGGAUGACAAACCCAACCUGCCCCCAUUUGUGAGGCCAGAGGCUGACGUCAUGUGCACCUCCUUCCAGGAAAAUCCUGCUUCAUUUAUGGGACACUAUCUGCACGCAGUUGCCAGAAGACAUCCUUAUUUCUAUGCCCCCGAGCUCCUUUACUAUGCUGAGAAGCAAAGUGCCAUCAUGACUGAGUGCUGUGCUGAAGCGGACAAAGCCGCCUGCCUGGGACCAAAGCUUGAUGCUCUGAAGGAGAAAGCACUGCUGUCAUCUGUCAAGCAGAGACUGAAGUGCUCCAGCAUGGAGAAAUUUGGAGAGAGAGCUUUCAAAGCAUGGGCAGUAGCUCGUAUGAGCCAGAAAUUCCCCAAGGCUGACUUCGCAGAAAUUACCAAACUGGCAACAGACCUCACCAAAGUCACCCAGGAGUGCUGCCAUGGCGACCUGCUUGAAUGCGCAGAUGACAGGGUGGAACUGGCCAAGUACAUGUGUGAUAACCAAGCAUCCAUCUCUAGCAAACUGCAGCCUUGCUGUGACAAACCCGUGCUGCAGAAAGCCCAUUGCCUUUCUGAGGUGGACCACGAUGAGAUGCCUGCUGGUCUGGCCCCAAUGGCUGCUGAUUUCGUUGAGGAUAAGGACGUGUGCAAGAACUAUGCUGAAGCCAAAGACGUCUUCCUGGGCACGUUUUUGUAUGAAUAUGCAAGAAGGCAUCCUGACUACUCUGUUGCCUUGCUGCUGAGGCUUGCUAAGAAAUACGAAGCCACCCUGGAAAAGUGCUGUGCUGAAGCUGACCCUCAUGCCUGCUACGGCAAAGUGUUUGAUGAAUUCCAGCCUCUUGUAGAAGAGCCUAAGAACUUAGUCAAAGCUAACUGUGAACUGUUUGAGAAGCUUGGAGAGUAUGGAUUCCAAAAUGCGCUCCUAGUGCGUUACACCCAGAAAGCACCUCAGGUGUCAACUCCAACUCUCGUGGAAGUCUCAAGAAACCUAGGAAAAGUGGGCAGCAAGUGCUGUGCGCUCCCUGAAGCAGACAGACUGCCAUGUGUGGAAGACUAUCUCUCUGCCAUCCUGAACCAUUUGUGUGUGCUGCACGAGAAGACCCCAGUGAGUGAGCAGGUCACCAAGUGCUGUACUGGCUCUGUGGUGGAAAGGCGACCUUGCUUCUCUGCUCUGCCAGUUGAUGAAACCUAUGUCCCCAAAGAAUUUAAAGCCGAAUCCUUCACCUUCCAUGCCGACAUCUGCACACUUCCAGACAAGGAGAAGCAGAUAAAGAAGCAAACCGCCCUUGCUGAGCUGGUGAAGCACAAACCCAAGGCUACUGGUGACCAGCUGAAGACCGUGAUGGGCGAGUUCUCAGCUUUCUUGGAAAAGUGUUGCAAGGCUGACGACAAGGAGGCCUGCUUCUCUGAAGAGGGUCCAAAACUUGUUGCUACAAGCCAAGCUGCCUUAGCCUAAAUACAUCACAAGCAUCUCAGUCUACCCUGAGAAGAAGAGAGACCUGAAGACUCAUCUUUUGUGUUGGUGUAAAAUCAACACCCUAAGGAACAAAAAUUUCUUUAAACAUUUAACUUCUUUUCUCUGUACUACAAUUAAUAAAAAAUGAAAAGAA